AUGAUCACCGACAGUUUGUUGGUGUUCGAUUCAGAUGGAGAACAAUGCACCUAUAACGGCUACGAUUACAACACACUCCAUUCUAUGUCCAAACAUGAAGACUACAGGGAGUUUGUGGACACUAGUUUGGUUGGAGAUCUCGGUAAUUCGCCCCUUGGAUACAAAGUAAUAGUAAUAAUCCCAGCAAUCACUAAUUAUGCUUGUUUGAAUCCGGAAAAAUCGAUUCGUUAUGCCAUUUCAAAGUUACACAGUGUUACUAAGAACCCAUAUGCAUUGAUUAUUUGCCAAACUUGCGCUUUCUGGACUGAUUCUCAUGAUUUUUACUUUGCAAAAACAUGGUUUGAUCUUUUACCCAGAGAUCACAAGCUUCAACUAAAAAAGGCCUAUAUAAUUCAUUCGGGAUACACUGUUAGCACAUUAAUGUCCCUAGGAUCACCAUUAAAUGGGAAUGCUAGCGAUAAAAUCAUUUUUUUGGACAAAUUAUCGGAUGCUUUACUGCAGUUGGACAUUAAGACAAAGGAUAACAUAAGAUAUUUCCCCUACGUUGUGCAGAGAUAUGAAGAAAUUAUAAUGGGCUUAGAGACACCGGUUACUGUCUUCGGUUCAGACUUUAAUAGCCUAUGCGUUCGAUUUGGGAAGCCAUUUAAGGGGUUAAGUAGAAUCCCUCCAUUUUUAUCUAAGUUGAUAAAAUUGUUGGAGUCUCAACCUUGUGUUACAAUGAAGCAAUUAUUUGAUAUACAAUCUGAUGCACCCACGCUCUACGGUUUUAUUGGAGACAUUGAGAGUCAAGGGGAGAGGGUACUAACCCCUACGAAUAUACCGGCACUGGUUUACUCUUUUAGGCUAUUGUUAGAUUCCCAAUAUGGAGGUAUAAUGGGUCCUUCAAGUUAUCACAAACUCAAGCUUUUAGGCGAAAACCCCAGUGAUGAGUUUUUGGAAAACUCGAUCAAGAAUUUGAUAUCAUCCCAGAGCAUCGACCACAUGAGCUGCGUUUAUCUUAUCAUAUUGCUGUUUGAGAAUUUGCUCAAAUACUCCAAGACAAACGAGUUAACACUGAAUUAUUUGGGGGAGUUAUUUGGUGGAAGUUUUUUUCGCCCACAUACCCCUGACCCCUGUUGUUCAAAAUACAUAAAAACAGCCACUAGGGCCAUUACUAUGAUGGUGAAGAACAAAGUAAAGCUUUUUGAAAGCCUGGGAAUCGAUUUUAGUGCCGAUUUACCGCGGAAUGACACGGAAACUUUUGAAAAUGUAACAUUUAGCGACUCGUCGUCAUCAUCAUCAUACACUGAUAGUGAUUCAUCUCACACGGAUUCCGGAUCUGGUUCUGAAUCUUACAGUGGAUCUGAUACAGGUUCUGGUUCUGAAUCUUACAGUGGAUCUGAUACAGGUUCUGGUUCUGAAUCUUACAGUGGAUCUGAUACAGGUUCUGGUUCUGAAUCUUAUAGUGGAUCUGAUAUAGUUUCUGGUUCUGGAUCCAAUACGGGCACAUAUAGUGAAACCGAUUCUGGAACAGGUUCAGAAAGCAACACUAGUAUUAACACGGCAGAAAAACAAGCGCGCAAGUGUGUAAAUUAA